GAGCGGUGUAACAGCGAAACGGUUCCGCCGGAACCCCGUCACACGGAGCUCCAUGCCGGUUGUUUUUUUGUAGUUUUCCAACCUUUUAGGUCCUAAAUAAAUACACACAUGCAUUUCACACAAAAGCUGGAGCUUUUCCCUGAGCAGCACGUGACUCAGAUGCUUUUUAAAGACGUAAAUAACGCGGCGGAGCUGAGGCAGGACGCCGUGGAGGGGAACAUCCACGCCGCUCUCAUCAACCCGACCAUGCUGCUAAGUCCUUUCCAGGCGCUGCUGGCUGCAAAUAAAGCCAUUCAUUCACAAAGCAUCGGAAAAAUGAAGACGAGAAGUUUGAACUCGGAGAUCAUCUUCAACCUCUCACCGACCAAUAAUAUUUCAGAGGCCUUCAAACGCUUCGGGAUCUCCCAUCAGGACCGCUCCCUUCUGGUGGUCGUGGUUCACAGCAGAGACGACUCCGAGGUCUUGUCCCACAUCGCCAUCAGGGUGGACGGGCAGGAGGUCCCAGUGGAAGAGUUUUCCUCCUUUUCGGAUCCUGCAAAGAUCAGAAAGCUGUACAAAGUGAGUCCUCAGGAGGAGAGCGGCGGCCUGCUGGACGCCGUCGUCUGCAGGAUGGCCACUAAAGACGUCAUGUAGAAGAACACAAACUUUACUUUUCCCACAUGACUCUGGUUUUCCAAUAUUUUCUUCACAAGAAAAAGAAAACGCUUCCAAAGCUAACAUUGGAUUUUUCAGUUGUCUGUAAUAAACAGUUUUUUUCACAAAA